AUGCGCGGAGGAGUGAUUUGCCGAUCUUUUGGCAUCUACUCUCGCAUUGCUCGGCUUUCUGUGGGUCAUCACACGGCAGAGCGAUAUCAGAUUCGCUGGAUACACACAAUACCACCUGAUGUAACUCCCACUGCUUCUGGUGCUGAAGCAUCAACACAAUUAUCAUCAUCAUCAUUAUCUGCCACUACCACGACGGCAAAAAUGACAGCAGCUGAAGGCACAAGCGAAAACUCCACAACUGCCAAUGUUAAUAAUGAGGAGCCUUUUACUGCAUCACGUUCAGCGGAGCAAACUGCUUCGACGAGUGAAAGGACUGAACAGUUGUACUCGGAUAAGAACUUUCCCUUUAAACUGUACGGUGAGGACACCCGUGUCUCUGUUAACGAUUCUAACCGUGUAUUCAGUAGUUCUACUCCCUCUAGCUACACUUCCGCUCUCUUAGCCGAGCAACUGUUGGCGCAGGCCGCACAGGAUAACGUUAACGGUAACAACAAUAACAACAUCAAAGGUUCUAGCGAUGAACACGCAAAGAAUCCUCAAAAGUUCUUUGAACCGGACUUGCCUCGCGAUCGUGCAACAGCAGCAGCUGCAGCUGCCGCCGCUAUAGCGAUGGGUACGGAAGUGAAAAAGGUGGAUUAUGCGCCAGCGGCUGUUUUCCAACCUCCCGCACAGCAGUCACGACCCAAUACAGAUACAGGGCCACCCCCACUGCGGUUCGUGGCUAAGAAUAAUUCAGAAAUUGAGAAUGAACCCUCGACAGAGAUGGAUGUAAAGCAAGACACAAUAGAUGAGGAAGAAAAUGUAAUAGACGAUAAUGAUGAUAAUGAUAAAGUGAACUCCAGAUCUAUAGAGGGUCAAGAUACAGAGGAGGUACAUGUCUUGGUAAGGGAUGAAAUGCGGAACGUUAUCGCCGUUGAUCGUCUCACUUCUUUUGCUAGUCUUGCAGAAAAACUUCCGUUCUGGUUAGCGACUAACCUCGGGCGGGUAGGGUACACAACACCAACGCUUGUACAGUCCGUGGCAAUUCCGCUUUUUAUGGAGAAACGUGAUGUUGUUGGUGUUGCACCAACUGGAAGUGGCAAGACAGUGGCGUUUGCCCUACCAGCUCUUGCUGCACUCGCAUCUUUACCAUCUGAGGGGCAUGACAAGAAUAACAACAACAAGAAAAACAAUUUCCAGAGCUCUGAUGAAACUGUAUCGGCGACACUAGUUGAACCAUUUGUUCUGGUGCUUUGUCCUACUCGGGAACUUGUGCAACAAACGCGUGAUGUUUUUGCUCAACUUGCCGGAAAUGUUGUACGUGUAAAGGCAGCUUUUGGUGGGCAAGACCGUGAAAAACAAGUGGAGUUUUUGCAGCGCUGGGGUGGAUGUGAUGUACUUGUGUCAACACCGGGUCGUUUGUGUGAUUUUGUUGAAGUUGGAGUGGUUGGAUUAGGACAGGUGAGCUUUCUUAUUAUGGAUGAGGCAGACCGUAUGCUGGAGCUUGGAUUUGCUCCUCAACUAGAAUUUAUCAUGUCAAAUAUUAAGAAAUACAAACGAUCACGACAAACAACGAUGUGGACUGCAACAUGGAAUGCUACAGUUGGUAAUUUAGCCGCCCGUUUUCUUUUACCGGAGCGUGUACUUAUAGAAGUUGAUCGUGAACACAAAACGAAUACAGAUAUUACACAGUGUUUGUACCCCAUGCAAGAUGCAUCCCAACGCAUUAGUGCUAUUGUGAAACUCUAUGAUGAUGGUGUCAUUUCCAAACGCCAGCAGGUUCUUAUUUUUGUAAACCGUAAAGAAGAUGUGGAGCGACUUGCCCACGAUCUCUCCAAGGCACUGCGAGCCCCACCCGAUCUCGUGCAAUAUCUCCACGGCGGGCUGCGGCAGCGGCGGCGCGAGGCCAUUCUGCACGGCUUCAAGGAAGGCUCUAUUCGCAUUCUCUGCGCGACAGACGUGGCCGCACGGGGACUAGACGUGCCCGCACUCGAUCAUGUUAUCAAUUACGAUCUGCCAAUAGACACCGAUGCGUACGUGCACCGCGUGGGGCGUACAGGCCGCGCCGGCCGCAGUGGAAUGGCGCACACGUUCAUCGUCGCCGGGGAUCCACGCGCCCCUCGCAUCGCACGGUUCAUCGCUGCCCAAACCAACAUUCCCUUAUCCGAUGAUGUGCAGGCGCUGGUGAGUGAGGUGGAGCGGCACGGCGGACUGGACGCUGCAGUGCGCAGUAAAUACAAAAGCCACGCACGUGUGGACGGGGCGAGUUGGCGCGGGCAACAACACGAACUGCACGACUCUCGUUUUGUACGCGGUGUGGGGCGUGUAAUGACAAUCAAGCGGCCAGCGCCAGCGCGAUAA